AUGACUGCAACGACUCCUGAGAACGUCCUUCAAGAAACAGUUAAAGAAUAUCAGUACUUUCAGCCCGAGCUCAUCCAAAUCAUCGCCAGUGAAAAUAUCUACGAUGAAGACCGGCAGCAGCCUUGGGAAAUCGACGACCGAGACAAACCAUACAUUAAACACGUCAAAGCAUUGUCCUCGUCGUGGCGUCACCUCCAAUUACUGGCCGAUUUCAUGCAAGUCGGCACCACACCUCUGCGGUGGAAGGAUUUGCAAACCGGAAAAUGGUCCAAAGACAAACCCUUCAAUCGACAGGAACGGAUCUCAAGAACAAAAGUUACCCGACUGGAUUAUCAUGAAGGAUCUAACAAACCAAGACGAAAAGACAUCACAUCGUCCGCGAAAUUGAGAGAAGCUCUCGAGGAGCAAGCGCUAGAAAAUGGUCCGGGCAGAGAAAAUUCAGACUGUGCUCAUUACGAUGUUGAACCGGCUUUUUUCCGAGACCAGAUUGUUGAUUACGCCUGGUACAAUACACGUGAUCGCUGGAUGGAUCCCCCGAGACUGGAUGUCGCUGCGAGGCGGCAGCGGUGGCUUCAGAUUCGUUUCCCAAGUUCAAGAUAUUUUGAAAACCAACUUCGUUUCAAAGAAGGCUGCGACCAGUUUGAGUCAUUCAACGUUUACAGAAGACUUGAAGACGAUAUCAACAACACCGGCGUUUGGGAUGCGGAGAAAGCAAUUGUUGGGCUGUCGAGAACCAGAGCAGCAUUUUGGAUAGCCAAAGAGGAAACCCAUAUCGAGGGGGCUGUUGGUAUUUUAUUAGUUGAUCCAAUAGCAAAGACCGGAUUUCCUCUAUGGCAUGGCUACCGCAACUGGGAAGACACCCCCAGCAUGAAAGACCUGGAAAAACUGGAAGGAAAGAUGCCGCCGCCCGGUCCAACACGCAAGUCAUUCUUUGGUGAUCUGAUAUACUGGCUUGAGAAGCCAGAGGCUUUCGGACCAUCUCUCCCCACUUACCCCGGAGCUGACAUGCACAUCCCAAUCCAAGCCCUUCUCUUCUUGAUAUGUGGGGAAUGGCUCACAAUUGCGGAAUACAUCCAAACACGCCUCGCCCAGGUGGAGUGGGAGAUCUCUUUCCCUGAACACUUUCUCAACACCGGAGAGACAAUUGAUGUUGCCCUGAAGAAGUUACAUAUUUGGAGGAGACUUGUUCCUCUCUAUCAUCGCAUGCUUACAGAGACUCUUCAGCGCGUUUUCAGUUUUCCUUGCCAUACAGGUGCAGCAUCCACCGUUGACAGCUUGAGGAGUCUACAAGAUUCAAAUUCAUACGCUGCAGAUCGCAAGGCUGCUUCUAGCCAGUGCCAAUGUCCCCUCCAUCAACAAACACCCAGUCAGUCAGGAUCCAUCACCGCCCUGCGCGAAGACUUCGUCCGACUCCGCAUAUCCAUGGAGGAAUUUGAGAAGCGCAUAGAUCGCCUUACUUCGGUCGUCACAGCCAGCAUCUCCAUAGACGACUCACAUCGUGGAUUGAAAGACACGACGAACGUCACGAGAUUGACAUGGCUAGCGACGUGCUUCAUCCCUCUGAGCUUAACAGCAACUGUCUUUUCUAUGCAGCAAUACAUUGCCAAUAUUCGGUAUAUCAUUGGGUGGUACUUCUUGACUUCCUUGCUGCUAGUGUUUGUGACCAUUGGGGGUGCGUUUGCUUUGACUGGAUCUGUGGCGGACAUCUUUCGGGUUUCGAAAAACAAGAAGGGCAAAGAUUCGUGA